UAUUUUUACUAUAGCCUGAGCAGGUUUCAAUAUGUCAAAAUUUCUUCAGGUAGCUGUCCUGGCAGGUAGCUCCAUGCUUGGCGCCUCAUCCCUGACCUUGUGUCAGGAAAGGAAUAAAGCGCCGCAAAUGAAACGUGAGCUGCCCACUCGCAGUAUGAAUCUGGACGCCUUACGGCGUACGGAAUACGAUAUACUCAUCAUAGGAGGUGGAGCAGUGGGUGCUGGCUGUGCUCUGGACGCGGCAACACGUGGACUCAAAACGGCGCUGGUGGAGGCUGAUGAUUUUGGAAGUGGCACCUCAUCGAAAUCCAGUAAAUUGCUGCAUGGGGGGUUAAGGGAUCUGGACCAGGCAAUCUCCAAACUCGAUCUAGCCGCCUUUCGGCGUGUUCGCACCUCUCUGGAGGAACGCAGCAAUAUUGCCAACUUGGCGCCACAUUUGAAUCAGCCUGUUCCCAUCAUGUUGCCAGUUCAUCAUUGGUGGCAAUUGCCCUCUUACUGGAUCAAGCUGCACAUCUAUCAUUUAAUGGCACCCGGCAACACGAGAGGAUUCCAAUAUAUCAGUACUCCGGAGGCCCUCGACAUCUUUCCCAUGAUGCGGCGGGACAUCUAUGGAGCCUUUGUCUUCUACGAAGGCCAACACGAUGACGCCCGAAUGUGUCUCGCUGUCAUAUUGACUGCUGCACGUUAUGGCGCCGAUGUCUGCAAUCACAUGAAGGUCACUGAGCUGCUGCGGAAUAAGGAGCAGCAGAUCGUGGGUGCCAAGGCAAUCGAUCAGUUGACUGGUAAAUCCUACAAGAUCCGAGCCAAAGUUGUUAUCAAUGCCACGGGCCCUUUGAGUGAUAGCAUCUGUCGCCUGGAGGAUGCCAAUGCGGUGCCACACUGCUCCCCCACCUGGGCCUCGCACAUCGUCCUACCCCCCUUCUACUGUCCCGAAGAGGUGGGCCUGUUCGAUCCCAAUACAAGAAGCGGAUCCGCAAUAUAUUUCUUACCCUGGUUGGGUCACACACUGAUGGGCACCUCGGACGAGAUGCGUGAGUCGACGGAGGGACCACAGCCAACGGAAAUGGAGGUGCAAUAUCUGUUGGAGGGCAUCAAGAGUUAUAUUAAUCCAAAUUUUGAUGUUCGUAGAUGCGAUGUUUUGGCCGUUUGGGGCGGAUAUAAGCCAUUGCCCGCUGAGACGUCCGAGUUAAGGGAUUCCCUGUUGAAGAAUCAUCUGAUUUCUCUGGGAUCGGGCAACAUGAUCUCAAUUGUAGGUGGCACCUGGUCGUCGUUCCGUAUAAUUGCAGAGAAGGCAAUAGACGUGGCCAUUAACAGUGGUGGUCUGCAACCAAUGCGAGUUAACUCGAUUACAGCCACAUCUUGUAAAUUGGAUGGAGCCGAUGGUUGGUCACCCAACAUGUUUAUACGCCUGGUGCAGGAUUUCGGUCUGGAGCGAGACGUGGCCAGGCACUUGACCGAUACUUAUGGCUCGAAUGCCUGUAAGGUGGCCGUCUGUGCCCAUCCCAGCGGCAGCUCUUGGCCCAUAACUGGCAAGCGAUUGCAUUCGGAGUUCCCCUACAUUGAGGCGGAGGUGCGACAAGGUGUUAAGGAUUAUGCGUGCACACUGGUGGACAUGGUGGCACGUCGCCUGCGCGUUGCCUUUCUAAAUGUCCACGUGGCCGAGGACAUCCUGCCAAAAGUGGCCAACGUCAUGGCCCAGGAACUGAAUUGGUCCAAGAAGCAAAAGGCACGAGAAAUUCUAGACGCCAAAAAGUUUCUCAACACACAGAUGGGCCAGUCACCCAUAUUGGACCCAUCACAUAUAAGUAUACCCAUCAAACUGUCCGUCCAACAGGUGCAAAAAUAUGCAUCACACUUUAAAGGACUUGACGAUCGGGAAACUGGAUAUGUUUCAAUAAACCAAUGUUGUGCGGCCAUGAAAUCCUUUGGCGUCAAGGAGGUGCCAGUGGAUCUGAUGCACAACGUCCUGCGGGACAUUGACUGUCACUCGCAGGGCAAGGUGAAUCUGUACGAGUACCUGUUGCUCAUGUCGGCCAUUGUGCACGGCGACACGGCCUAUUUACGCUAUGCCAAGUUACGUAUGGAUCAAAAACUCUCAACAAUUAGUAAUCGCAAGCGACAGUAUGUCCCAGUGGAGCGAUCUGGAGGUGGAUUGUAACGUUCCGAUUACAUUCAAAAAAUCAAUGUCAGUUAAUUGCAGUGAGCUUGCCAGAUUGAUGAAAUAUAGUUUUACCGUUCGGUCACACUGAUA